AGCCCCUCCAUUGGCCAGCUCCGUAAAGUGAGGAACCUGUGAGGGGACAAGUCGGAACGAAGGAUUUUUACGCAGCCAGCGAGCUAGUCUAGAGAGACCCCGGAGUCUGUGAGCAAGGCCGCCGAGACCACGCCGCUGGAACUGCGCCCAAGACCCCUGCCUUCCGCUUUCCUCUUUCUCUUGCAGCCAUCAGCCUACAAAGACAUGACCACCAACGCCAGCCCCAUGCACCCAUACUGGCCUCGGCACCUGAGGCUGGACAACUUUGUGCCUAAUGACUGCCCCACUUGGCAUCUGCUGGCGGGCCUCUUCUCCAUCUCUGGGGUCUUGGUUGUGACCACAUGGCUGUUGUCAGGUCGUGCUGCGGUCGUCCCCCUGGGGACUUGGCGGCGACUAUCCCUGUGCUGGUUUGCAGUGUGUGGGUUCAUUCACAUGGUGAUUGAGGGCUGGUUCAGCCUCUACCACGAAGACCUUCUUGGAGACCAAGCUUUCUUGUCCCAACUCUGGAAGGAGUAUGCCAAGGGAGACAGCCGAUAUAUCCUGAGUGACAACUUCACGAUAUGCAUGGAGACCAUCACAGCUUGCCUUUGGGGACCACUCAGCCUAUGGGUGGUGAUCGCCUUUCUCCGCCAGCAGCCCCUCCGCUUUGUCUUACAGCUCGUGGUCUCUGUAGGUCAGAUCUAUGGGGAUGUGCUCUAUUUCCUAACAGAGCAGCGGGAUGGAUUCCAGCAUGGGGAGCUGGGCCACCCGCUCUACUUCUGGUUUUACUUUGUCUUCAUGAACGGCCUGUGGCUGGUGCUGCCUGGAAUCCUUGUGCUCGAUUCUGUAAAGCAGCUCGCUCAUGCCCAGAGCAUGCUGGACACCAAAACCACAAAAGCCAAGAGCAAGCUGAACUAAUAAGUAGUAGGCUGGGCUUGAACACUGUGAUGAGGAACCCUCCACCAGGAAGAAGAGUCCAGUCCUGCAGGUUGGAGGGACAAAGCAAAUUAAUCUGUCAAACUCGGGUUGAUGGGUAAGCACCAGAAGGGCCAGAGGCAGGGGCAAGAAAGGGGCUGUGUGGAGCUACAGCCAGGAGCCACUGGGACAAAGGUACAGAAGAAACUAGAAGGGCCAUGAUGGUGGCAGUUUUUAAAAUCAGGAAAUAAAAGAUCUUGACUCUAA